AUGGCAAAAUUUUUGAUUGUAACAACAUCUGAAGUACAAUAUCCUGAAUUAAAGAAAAUCUUUCGCAAAUUAUUAAAAUAUCAUAUUUUUAAUGUUACUGUAUUGACACAAAUAAAUAAAGCACAAGGUUCGUGGACUUUUUAUCCUCUUAAAGAUGGCAACUGUCUUUCAAAUUACGAUAAAUUAGAAUAUCUAGGAAGUUGCGUUAAUAAUGACAUCUUUCCUGUCGCAAAAGACUUAAGAAACUGUACAGUUUUGGUAACGGGAAAUAAAAUUGUGGAUAAAAAAUCCUAUAUAAAUUACAUACAAUAUUUAGAAGAGUAUCUCAUACGUGUAAGUGCAAAAGCUAUUGGUGUCAAGAUAAAAUAUUCUUAUGAAGACUACGAUACUAACGACGGAGAAGUGUUGAAUAACUACACAUCUAUUGGAAUGUUAAAUUAUCUUCAAAAAAGGAAAGCGGAUAUUGUAUUUGGAGGAUUUUUUCUCACUGAAAGAAGAGCAUGGGUGUACGACUUCAUUUCGGGUUAUAAAUAUACAAGUAUAAAGCAAAUUAUACCAAACUGGGGCCAGAAGCGUUGGAAAACAUUAUACAGAACCUUUAGGACGAAAAUUUGGUAUCUUAUUGCGUGCGCUUUUAUUAGUAUUACUCUGAUAACAAUGGCUAUCAGUUACUACUGCUUACACAUAAAAAAUAUUAGCAGAAUUCCUCUUCAUUUAUUUGAUUAUUUCUUUGGCCACUCCGAUAGGAAUUUGUUUAAAGUGAAAAAGCUGAGAAUAAUUUUGAUAUCUUGGGUUUUCUUCACGUUUUUUAUUGCGAGUUUUUAUAACAGUGAAAUUGUUUCUUUAUUAACAAAACCAAGAUAUGAGCCACAGUCGUAUAGUAACGAAGAACUGAAACAAAAUGGGUACAAGACUUGCAUUUCUGAUUCCUUUCGCACGUACAAUAAAAUAGUAUACAACAUAACAGAGCCAGAUGCUCAAGUACCGGAAUGUAAAAACACUGAAGAUGUAUUAAAUACUAUAACCACGCGUGAAAACUAUUACACCGUAGCAGAUUACUCCCAGUUCCAGAAAAAUCUUUGUCACUAUAAUGCUCGAUUUGAUGAAACAGAUAUGUUAAACAAUAUAAUGUAUGCUCUUUACACGAACAAAGGUUUUUUCUUAAAAGAAAAAUUUAAAAGAAUAGUUAGUGCUAUAUUUGAAUCUGGUAUUAUACAAGAUAGUCACAUAUACAGCUUAAUAAGCAAAGGUUGCGCAAAACAGACUCAUCACUCCGAACAAACAUAUAAAGUGCUUUCGUUACACGACCUCCAACUAACAUUCUAUAUCCUUUUAACGGGUUAUUUAAUCUCCUUGGUAGUUUUUCUAAUUGAGUGUAGUUUUUAAAAUAAAAUAUAAAUCAAACAAAAUGCAAAAUUGUGAAGAUACAAAUAAAUAAUUGCGUGUCUAGUGUUACAUUAUAUUGCUUCUAAAUAUUUUAGAACAGAUAUAGGUCCCAGUUUUUAAAAUACACCUCAACUCACGAUUUGGUCUAUAGCACUUAAGAAUCUAGUCUAGAUUUCUAUUGAUUUGUGUAUAAAUACGGUUCUAAGACACUUCAGAGUGGGUUUUUUCACUGAAUCUGUUUUGUAAAGAAACAUAGAUCUAAGAAAAUAUAUGUCCUAUAUUUUGUUAAAUUAGUUACACUCAGUCUAAUCCAUAUACACUAAGUAAAUAACCCACUGUUAUUAUACUUACUAGAUAAAAGUUAGUUCGCCAUUUUGAAUUUUUCUGAUUGAAAUUCCUUGUCACAUUUUUACAAUUCUCGGAUUCUGAAACAAUUUAGGCACAAUAGCUGUGUUAAAUGUCUUUCCCUUUCACGUAUUUAAAUGUUAUUAAGAUUAUUUGCAUAACUGGACGUAUACAUUAAUAUAAACACGAAUUUAUUACACUAUUUGUGUAAAUUUAUUGUAUAAUCUUUUAUUGUUAUAAACUUGUCAGC